AUGGAACAAGGUGUGAAGUUAUUCGCAGGAGAGGGGGAGCCAUUUGAAGAUCUGGAGAAGUACAGGAGGUUAGUAGGAAAGUUGAAUUAUCUCAUAAUUACCCGUCCGGAUAUUGCGUUUCCAGAAGCAGUUAUUCGAAUUGUGAAGUAUCUGAAGGAUGCUCCUGGAAAAGGGAUUCUUUACGCUAACCACGGGUAUAUGGGUGUUGAGGCGUUCUUUGAUGCAGACUGGGCUGGUUCACCGAGUGACAGAAAAUCUAUGACAGGCUAUUGUGUGUUUGUAGGAGGCAACUUGGUCUCGUGGAAGAAUAAGAAGCAGAAUGUGGUGUCGCGCUCAAGUGCAGAGUCGGAAUACAGGGCUAUGGCUCAUGUGGCGAGUGAAAUAGUCUGGGUGCAUAACAUUCUAAAAGAAGUGGGUGUUGAAGUGAAGUUACUAAUAGAUUUGUGGUUUGAUAAUUGUGCUCUCAUACACAUCGCGAGUAAUCCAGUCUUUCACCAGCGGACGAAGCAUAUUGAAGUUGACUGCCAUUUUAUACGGGAGAAAGUGGAGCAAGAACUAAUAUCUCUUACACACGUUCGGAGCGGUGAUCUACUGGCUGACAUAUUCACGAAAGGGCUUUGCUCUUGUCCAAGAAUACUUAUGGAUAUUCUGAGUAGGGUAUCCACUUAG